AUGCAUGUUGCACUGCGGCCUCGCAGUGGAUGCCUGGUGCUCUGUCUGUGCCUCUCUGCCUUCACCCUGCUGCUGCAGAGCCUCUGGGUGCCUGCAGAGAUAACCAGUGAGGAACCUGCAGGGAGGUCACCGGAGGAACAAGGUCAUCGCGGUCUUGGUUUCCGCCGCCUCGCUCUCCGUUUGGAGGCUCUGAGUACUCAGGUGCAGCGGCUGAGCAGAGAGAGGGAUGUCCCCCAGCUGACCAGAGAUGAUCUCAGCCUGUUACUGCAGAGCUUUAGAAAAGACCAAUUAGGCUUAGCCCGCUUGAUGGAGAAGGAGCUGAAGAGAGUCUCUAUGAGGCUGGAGCAGCUCAGCCGUCACCAGCACCACCAGCCCAACACACCACCCCCACCUGAAGCCCUUAUACACACAGGGCCCAAUGAGAAGUGUGAGGUGCCAACGGAUCGUGCAUAUCCGGUGUGUGCGGAGAAAGUGGAGUUCCUGCGGGCCCGAUGGCAGUCAGACCCCUGUUAUGCCUUUUAUGGGGUGGAUGGCACCACCUGCUCCAUAUUGACAUACCUCAGCCAAAUAGAAGACUUUUGUCCCCCUCGUCUUGGAAGAAACCACUCUGCGCUGCCAUGGCACCAGAGAAAUCACUCCUAUACAAAGAAGGCUGAGAUACGUACAACUCUGAGCCCGCUGCAUGCGGCCAUCAGGAACAACAGCGGUCCUGCCGUAACCUUCAUCCGGUCCAGAGUGGAGAGGAUGUCUGAGCGAUGGAAACAGGCUGCUGUGAGGAUGAGACAGAGCAGCAACCAGACUGACUCCACCCAGAUGAAGGUGCUGCUUUAUCCCGGGGCCCUAGCGGGGAGUGCUGGCCAGCGUUUCGAGGCUCUGGUGGAGACGGGGGGUCCUCUGGGGGAGCUGGUCCAGUGGGCCGACCUCAGUGCCUCCCUGACAAUCCUGGGACACAACCUAACCUUCAGCACCUCACAGCAACAACUCCACAGUCUCAUAGGGGCUGCGCCAGGCCGAGGCAGUUGUCCAAUCCAGAGGCCCCUGACCUUUGACCUGAUCUACACUGACUACCAUGGCCUCGCUCACCUUCAAGGCGCCAUGGGACUGGCUUUCCUGCAUUACAAAUGUCGCUUCAGAAUCCUGGACUCUUUUGGCACUGAACCAGCCUUUAACCUGGGGAGUUAUGCACGCAGUCAUGGAUAUAAAACCCUGUGGGGCAGCUGGGGUCUGCAGCCCCUACAGUACAUGACCAUGUUCCCUCAUACUCCUGAUAAUUCCUUCCUGGGUUUUGUGAGUGAAAAGGCAGUGAAGGAUGUGAAGGAGGAAGAGCUGGAGUCGGACGCCAACAGGAAAAACAGGAUAGCAGUCGUCUACGGCAAACAGGACUACAUGUGGAAGGGUAAAUCUGAGUAUGUGGAGGUGAUCAGUGAAGAGCUGGAGACCCACGCAACAGUCUAUCAGCCUCCAGGACUCACAUCAAAUCUGCCCAGCUUCAUCAGAAACCACGGCCUACUGACUCAGGAACACUUCCUACGACUUCUCCGUGGAGCCAAGGUGUUUGUAGGUCUUGGGUUCCCCUAUGAGGGUCCAGCUCCAAUUGAGGCAAUAGCUCUGGGGUGUGUCUUCCUUCAGCCCCGAUUUGACCCGCCACACUCAUCAGAAAACAAUGACUUCUACAAAGGCAAGCCCACCACAAGACAGAUCUCCUCCCAGCACCCUUAUGCCGAGAAAUUAAUCGGCAAGCCCCACGUGUGGACUGUGGAUGUGUCCAACAAGACUGAAGUUCGGGAGGCCGUCAGAGCCAUUUUACGCACAGAGGUGAAGCCAUUCACUCCCCGAGAGUUCACAUGUGAAGGAAUGCUGGAGAGGGUUCGUGAUUACAUUGCACACCAGGAUUUUUGCAGGAAAUCUCUUCCUACUUGGCCACCAGAAUGUGCUCUAAGGGUGCACCUGGGUCCCCUGGGUCAGUCAUGCGAAAGUGUGUGUCGACGGUCCUCCCUCGUGUGUGAGCCGGCUCUGUUUCACCACCUAAACACUCCUGCUGCAUUCGCCAGACUCAAGAUAGGCUGCUCCAGCACCAGACAGGAAGUCAACCACCUGUUUCCUGCCUACAGCCCUUGGGGUCAACAGUGUGGCCUUCAGCAGGAUCCUCUGUUGUUCAGUUGUGCCGGCUCCGACCUCUCUCAGCGCAGACUGUGUCCCUGUAGAGCUCACCUGCCUGGACAGGUGGCACUGAGCCCUGACUGCCUCUCAUAAACACUAUCAAAGAACUCAGGAAAAAGCAGAACGCGAAGAGGAUGAUGAUGGAGAAAGUACCAAAGAGUCAUCUGCAAUAAAAACUGUACAGGAAAGAACUGAUCUCGACCAAAGAUAGCUUGCUGUCCUGCCAAUGGUUUUGGAAGCUUUGAGGUAUGUUAGUUGAUAUCAAAUCGUGAUUUUUUUGUAUUACUCAGGAACCAAAAAACAAUUGUCUUUUCGUAAGUGUUUUU